AUGCGUUCUGUUGUUCGCAGCAGCAGCAGCAGCAGCAGCAGCAGCAGCAGCAGCAGCAGCCAGCAGCACGAUGGAGACCUGCAGCUAUCGCUGCUUGAAUCCCGCAACAACAGCAGCAGCAGCAGCAGCAGGAGGAUCUGCAGCAAGAGCAUCAGCAGCAGCAGCAGCAGCAGCAGCAGGAGCAGCAGCAACGUGGUGUAUAUUCUGUAUAAAAAUUUUUCAAUAAAGGAGAUGUCAAUGGAUCAAUGGUCUAGGGUAAAGAAAAAAACAGCAGCAGCAGCAACAGCAGCAACAGCAGCAGCAGCAGCAACAGAAGAACCAGCAGCAGCAGCAGCAGCAGCAGCAGCAGCAAAAGAUGAACCGCUGCUGCUGGAGUUUCCCAUUUCAAUUCCGCGGGAGACGCCUGCUGCUGUGCGAAGAGCAGCAGCAGCAGAAGAAGAAGCAGCAGCAGCAGCAGAAGAAGAAGCAGCAGCAGCAGCAGGAGGAGCAGCAGCAGCAGCAGCAGCACCAGCAGCAGCAGAAGCAGCAGCAACAGGAACGGGAGCAGCAGCAGCAGCAGCAGAAGUUGCUGCACCUGCUGCUGCUCCUUUAGCUGCUGCUGCUGUCGAUGAACAAAGACACCGUGAAGACAGACGCCUGCAGCAGCAGCAGCAGCAGCAGCAGCAGCAGCAGCAGCAGCAGCAGCCGGCGGAUGAAUCCUUUGGUGUAUCUUCUUCUUCUUCUCCUUCUUUGUCUCCUUUUUUGUCUCCUUUUUUGUCUCCUUCUUUGUCUCCUUCUUUGUCUCCUUCUGCUGUCUCUCCCUCUGUUUCUUCUGUCUCUUCUUCUUUAUCUUCUUCUGUCUCUCCUUCUCCUUCUGUAUAA